GCCAUCUCCUCCAGCCUACCUUCUGCCCUCCCUCCACGUACUACGGGCCUCUGUUCUCGACUCCUAGUAGUAGUAGUUCGCGCCACAGUGCACCCACCUCUCAUAUAACUCACAUUUCAACGCCUCCUCGUCUGCAUAGUCCCCUCAUUUUUCGGGUAGCACUGCAACGCCCGAAUUUAGCCACACGGGCGUGCACUUGAGCCUGGGCCUUCGCAGCAGCCUCUCCCUUCAGCCGCUAUCCACCGCCUGAUUUUGAGCGCUUCUGCGUGUUUCUGAGUGAUUUUGGGUUCUUCUGGCUGAUUUUGAGCGGAUUGGCAAAAGAAGGCCGGGGGCCACAACGACGUCCACCUCGUGAUUUUGAUUUCUACCAUCCCUGCUGCCCCACGGGCCGUCUCGUGCCGCAUCGACGUUCACCUCUGUCUUUCCUUUCCGCCCCUCGCUCUAUCCGCCCCUGGCUCUAUCCGCCCCUCGCUCCAUCCGCCCCUCCCUCCAUCCAACCCUCGCUCUAUCCGCCCCUCGCACAAUCCGCCGCUCGCUCAUCUCCCCUCUGCCGUUCCGCUUCCGCCGCCGUCCUGCGCAGACUUUCGCCGUCUCAACCCUCCCUUGUCUUGCCGCGCGGCCUGCGACCAUGCGCGCGCAGCUGUCCCCCGCGGGGAUAUACUGGCGCGUCCUAGCGGUGGCGCUGAUGCUGGCGGGGACGGCGGGGGGGGCAAAUUGGGGGGCGGAGGGACGCGGUGGGGCGGGGGUUGUGAGCCACGGGGGGGAGGAUGGGGUAAAAGGGAGCGUGGUUUUGAGACCACAGGUGGUACGACGGACGUUACGAGUGGGGGAAGGGGAGACAGGGGAGACGGGGAAGGGGGGGGAGGGAGAAGAGCAGCGGGGAAGUGCGGAUUGCAUGGAAGAGCUCCAUAUUACUGCGGCUGCUGCUGGCAGCAGUCAUACCGUCCUAUGCGGUUCUGCUGCUGCUGCUGCUGCUGGUGCUGCUGAUGCUGCUGCUGAUGCUGCUGCUGCUGAUGCUGCUGCUGAUGCUGCUGACAUCAGACGUGAGGAAGCAGCAGGCAGCAGCAGCACCGGAUCUAGUAGUGCUUCAGCAGUCGUCCACCGGGUUCUAGCUUCAAGCAGUGCGGGCGUGGCUGCAGCCUCGCUGCCACAAGCACUGCCAUCCCCCUCUGUGGGCCGACCAUCACAACAAGCCAACGACCUACCACCAGAGUGCAGGGACGACAGAGUGAGGGAAGCCGUGACGAUUUCAUCGUUCCGCCAUCCGUAUUCCUUCCCCAGAACCUCCUCCUUCGUCUCCCUGCAUCCCUACGAGAUCACUCUGAACAACACGUGUCAGCAGCGGGCCAUCUCUCUGCUGAGCAUCAGUGUGUCGCGCGUUCGCCUGCGCUCCUACAUCCUGCUGCCGCGCCUCACAUUCUCUACACGCGACAAUUUUCAGGCCAUCACCGUCUUCACGAUACUACCUCCUCUGGGUGCACCCGAAAACGCAGCGAUCAUCCCAGCGGGUGGCUCUAUCAAGUUCAACACCACUGUUGUGCUAGAUCUCUUCUAUAGCGCUGAGGUCUAUGAAGCUGCCUUUUCACCCUUAUAAAUUCUGUGUGUUCUCUGUGUGUUCUCCCUUCGCAAAUCGCCGCCUCUGUGCGUUCUCUACCGUAAGUUGGUUCUUACCAUAUUGUAUAAUGCAAAGUACGCAUGCUAGGUGUUACCACAAGUGCAUAGAUCUCCCUUUCACAUCUAGUUAUCAGAAUAACGCAAAAUGUAUCAGAAUUGGAAUGUUGUGUGGUGAAGUGAGAGUAC